UGUCGUCUGUGAGAUCUCUAACCAAUAUCCAGAAAGAAAUAUGAGGGAAAUUGUGCAUCUCCAAGCCGGCCAAUGCGGCAACCAGAUCGGUGCUAAGUUUUGGGAGGUGAUUAGUGAUGAACAUGGUAUUGACCCGACUGGUACAUACCACGGUGACAGUGACCUGCAGCUGGACAGGAUCAAUGUCUACUACAAUGAGGCUUCAGGUGGUAAAUAUGUGCCCCGUGCUGUGCUGGUUGAUCUUGAGCCAGGCACCAUGGACUCAGUAAGGUCUGGACCUUUUGGCCAGAUCUUCAGACCAGACAACUUUGUGUUUGGCCAGAGUGGUGCUGGCAACAACUGGGCGAAGGGUCACUACACAGAAGGUGCAGAGCUGGUGGACUCUGUCCUGGAUGUGGUGAGGAAGGAGGCAGAGAGCUGUGACUGCCUUCAGGGCUUCCAGCUCACACACUCCCUGGGUGGUGGUACAGGGUCUGGAAUGGGCACCCUGCUCAUCAGCAAAAUCCGUGAAGAGUACCCUGACCGCAUUAUGAACACCUUCAGCGUGGUGCCUUCCCCCAAAG